AUGGGAGUACCGCGUGACGAUGCGGCGCUGGGCGCAGAUGUCCUGGUUCUCGCCGACCUGCGCGGCGUCGACUCCCACGGUGUCUCCAACAUGCUCCGCAGCUACGUCAACGGGUACACCAGCGGGCAGAUCAACCCCAACCCCCAGAUGACCAUCGUGCGGGAAACUCCCGCCACGGCCAGCAUCGACUCUGACCGCGGCCUGGGGAUCAUCACCACGCCCAAGGCAAUGGACAUCGCUAUCGAGAAGGCCGCUGCGGUAGGUAUCGGGAUGGUUACCCUGGGCAACGCCCGGCACCUGGGCAUGGCGUCCUACCAUGCCAUGUUGGCCCUGGAGCACGACAUGAUCGGCGUCUGCAUGACCAGCUGCCCGCCGUCGGUGGUGCCGACCUUUGGCGCCGAACCGCGCCUGGGCACCAAUCCCAUCGCCAUCGCCGUCCCGUCCCGCCACGAAGCGCCCUUUGUCUUCGAUGCCGCCACCAGCACCGUCGCCGGCAACAAGGUUGGCAUCGCCCGUCGCCUCGGCGUAAAACUGGAACCAGGAUGGCUCGCCGACUCGGAAGGCACCCCCAUCAUGGAGGAAACCGACGCCCCCGACAACUACACCCUGCUAACCCUGGGCAGCACCCGCGAAUUAGGUUCCCACAAGGGCUACGGCCUGUCGUGCAUGGUGGACAUCCUGGCCGGCGUCCUCACCGGCUUUGGCUACGGAGCCGUGCCGGGCCGUCCCAACUUCGGGCACUACGUCGCCGCCUACAACGUGGCCGGCUUCGACGACCCGGAGCACUUCAAGGACACCAUGGAUGAGUGGCUCCGCAUGAUGAAAAGCACCCGCCCCGCUCCGGGCGAAGAACGGGUAAUGGUGGCCGGCCAGCCCGAGGCCGAAAUGGAGAUCAUCCGUCGCGCGGAGGGCAUCCCCCUGCACCAGGAAGUGGUGGACUGGUUCCACGACACCUGCGGCGAACUGGGCAUCGACUGCCCGUUCUAG